GUCUCUUUGUAUUAUUCUUCCCUCUCGACUUCAUCGUGCAUUUAUCGCGGCUGAUGUUAUUAUCGCGUUAUAUUAUCACGCCAAUUAUACGCCAGUUAACCAUCGGGUGAUUAUUUCAAUAUAUUGUUGUCAGUAAGUGGCUUAUUUCAAGCAAAAUGUAUAUUGAGGGAGCAUGAUUCUCUUUUUUUCUUCAGUCGAGAACGCGCGAUGAAAAUCAGAAAACCGGAGAGCUCGUUCGCCAGAGAGCGCAAUUGAAGUUGCGCGCCACCGUGAACCGCGCCGAGAGGCGUUGAAUUGCACGGGCAGGCACGGAGAGAGAGACCGAUAUGCGAGGAGCAGCCGCGAGUCGAAGCAUCCGGGACUAUCGCAGUCAGCCAUAGUGGAAAUGGCGGGUGUUAGCUUACGUGAAUGACGGCGACUGUGCUCUCGAGAGCAGCUUCUUGCCGAAACAUCUCGAGCGGAUGAGUGUACUGUGUGUGUUUCGCGGCACGAGCAUACCAGUAACGGAGUAACUGUGUAUCAUAUGAUUUAUCUGGAGGGUAAAGAUGCAGAAUGUAGCACAAGGAACGACCUCGGAUAGCCAGAAGCACGAAAAGCAGCCAGCAGUAGUAGCUACGGCAGCAGCAAGCGUUCCCCACGAUAUCGGAAAGACGUCGUCGACUCCCCAGUCUUCGAAUUCGAGCCCCACGAAGUCGGAGACCGAAACCUUCUCGGAGCUGCAGCCGCGCUUUAUGACAGACUCGUCGGAGAGCGAGGAAGACAGCGUUUCCGAGGUGGAGUGUUUUGCAAUUGAUCAAGUUGAGAUAGACGAAGAUCACCCAGAGACUUCAAAAUUUCUGUUGACUCCUGAAGACCCCGAACGUUCUGUGGAUCCUGAAACUCAAGCACGUCUCGAGGCCCUCCUCGAGGCAGCUGGUAUUGGAAAGUUAUCAUCGGGUGAUGGGAAGCACUUAGCUGACCACGAAGUGCUUCGACGUUUAACAUCUAGUGUUUCUUGUGCAUUGGAUGAAGCGGCAGCAGCAUUAACACGUAUGCGCAGUGACAAUCCACGCACACCUAACGAAAAGCGCACUCUUAUAGAGGCGUGUACCGACGGUGACGUCGGUACCGUUAGAAAAUUGUUAACAGAGGGACGGAGUGUUCACGAAACCACCGAGGAGGGUGAGAGUUUGCUCUCCUUGGCUUGCUCAGCGGGUUAUUACGAACUUGCUCAGGUUCUAUUAGCAAUGAAUGCUAACGUGGAAGACCGAGGUAUCAAAGGGGAUUGUACUCCUUUGAUGGAGGCUGCGAGUGCUGGACAUGUGGAUAUCGUGAGCCUGCUUAUCGCUCAUGGUGCCGAUGUUAAUGCUCAGUCAACUUCUGGGAAUACACCUCUUAUGUACGGAUGUGCCGGUGGUCAUGAGGAUGUGGUACGUGUCCUGUUGGAAGCAGGAGCCAAUGUUGAAGAUCACAAUGAGAAUGGCCAUACACCUUUGAUGGAGGCAGCAAGUGCUGGACAUGUUCCAGUCGCUAAGAUCUUGCUGGAACAUGGUGCUGGCAUCAAUACUCAUUCCAAUGAAUUUAAGGAGUCAGCAUUAACAUUGGCCUGUUACAAAGGACAUUUAGAGAUGGUUCGAUUUUUACUAGAGGCUGGCGCAGAUCAGGAACAUAAGACCGAUGAGAUGCAUACAGCACUUAUGGAAGCGUCGAUGGAUGGUCACGUAGAAGUAGCGCGCUUACUCUUAGAUUCAGGUGCCCAAGUAAACAUGCCGACGGACAGCUUCGAGUCUCCGUUGACAUUAGCUGCUUGCGGAGGCCAUGUGGACCUCGCAAUGCUUUUAAUUGAACGCGGUGCUAACAUCGAGGAAGUUAACGACGAAGGUUACACGCCUUUGAUGGAAGCAGCACGUGAGGGCCAUGAGGAAAUGGUGGCGUUACUUUUAAGUCAAGGCGCGAACAUCAAUGCCCAAACUGAGGAAACUCAGGAGACGGCGCUUACGUUGGCUUGUUGCGGAGGUUUCCUCGAAGUAGCUGAUUUUCUAAUCAAAGCGGGUGCCGACGUCGAGUUGGGAGCAUCCACUCCUCUAAUGGAGGCUGCCCAAGAAGGACACUUAGAUCUUGUCCGGUAUUUACUGGAGUCGACGUCGGACGUUCACGCUCAAACUCAAACAGGAGAUACAGCAUUGACAUACGCCUGUGAAAACGGUCAUACCGAUGUUGCUGAUCUUCUGCUUCAGUAUGGAGCUGAUCUGGAACACGAGUCAGAGGGAGGUAGGACUCCGCUAAUGAAAGCUUGCAGGGCUGGUCAUCUGUGCACAGUUCAGUUCCUUAUUUCAAAGCGUGCCGAUGUCAAUCGACAAACAACAAAUAAUGACCACACUCCUCUCUCAUUGGCGUGUGCUGGUGGUCAUAUCGCUGUGGUGGAGCUGCUUUUGGCGCAAUCGGCUAACCCAUUUCAUAAAUUGAAGGAUAAUUCCACCAUGCUGAUCGAAGCAGCAAAAGGUGGCCACACCGCUGUUGUACAACUCCUACUGGAUUACCCUCACAGCAUUAUGAUGGGCGCGCCGCAUAAUGCUGCACCUGCUCCUAUGUUAUUACCGCAACAACAACAACAGCAGCAGCAGCAACAACAACCACAACAACAACCGCCGCCACAACAGCCGCAACAGCAGCAGCAACAACAGCCGCAGCAUCAGCAGCAUAUAAGUCAUCAGCAACACGUACCUCAUCCGCAGACAUCUGCGCAACCGCAGCAGCAGCAGCAGCAGCAGACUGCGGAGCAACAACAGGCGCAAAAUCUCCAGCCGAAACAUAAUACGCAAAAGUCAUUGUUAAGGAAAAAUCGAUCUGUGACCAUGAUGCCUGAUAUGAGCCUUACCUCAGCCGAAGCGCAACAGGUUCGUUCGCAGCCCGCAGGAGAGUCUGUCGCUACUACCAAGGAUGAUACCAAUAUCCUCGAUAAAGGCAGCGGAGGUUUCACGAGUCUAUCAGAACCUAAUAUUAGCCUUAGCCCGACGUCAACAUCUACGCAAGGGGUCAAUGUCAGCGAAAGUCGGAAAAAUACUAGACAAGAGCAAAUCCUUCAUAAGCAACAAAUACUUGAAGAAUUACAAAGGGUAGAGCGAGAAUUACAAAGUAAGGGCGCCGGUCACUUAUUUUCUGGUCCACGGAAUUCCAUAAUAAAUCAACCUCAGCAGCAAACGCAGCCGCAGGAUCCGACUGAAGCGGAAGCGUUAUUACCCGGAAUGCUGAAUAUCGACUUACCAGCUCAAUCGGCAACAUCUCCGCAUGGUUUGGUGUGCAAUACUGGUAUGUCUGGCACUUCAUUAACGUACCAAGGGACUAGCGAUGCGGCGUUGGUCUGCAGCGCUUACCUCGACGGUAAGAUAAUGGGACUGCAGCAGUUCCAGAAGACGUUGUCCGUCGCGCCGACUACAGCGGAGACGUUCCCCACGAGUACGUUUCCCUCUUCACCACCCCUGACACUCGCACCAUUACCCACUACGACUGCCGUCUCGUUGGUCACCUCCAACACCUCCUCGACAACCACACCGAGUCCGCCGAGUAUCUCCACUCCCCCGACCGUCAUAGCUGUUUCCCAGCCUAUCACCGCGAGCAGCGACGUUAGCCAGAACACUGCUAUAAGCGAUCGUCCGAAGGCUAAGCCGGUGUCUAAGAAGGAAGGGAAAAACGUGCGAAAGGCUGCGAGCGGCAUGGCGGUGGCGAAAUUACAGCAAACGCAGGCUAGCCUCAUGGCCGGGCUCCAGCAGCAAUAUCAGCAAAAGCAACGUCAACAUACCUAUCAAGUACAACAGGUUCAUCAAUUGCAGCAGCUCAAUCAGCAAUUGCAACUCCAGCUAGAUCAAGUGCAGAUACAGCAGCAACACCAGCAACUGCAGCAACCGCAACCGCAACAACCUCAACAACAACAACAGUCCCAGCAGCAAGCUAAUGUAGUUGGUAACAAUGCGAGUAGCAUAUUAAUGCCCACUCAACUGAUGUCGCAUUUACACCCUACGCAUACUCACCACUUGCACAGCCAGGUGAACCAGCAAACGCCGCAAGAAAAUCUUCCCGAGCAAGCGGAUCCCGAGUUGGCGCGAAAAUACAGGGAAAGCGCUUGCGCGUUUUUUACCGGGGCUCAGAAAUCGAAGACCUUCUCCGCGAACGAAAGAAUCUUGAAAUUGGAGGACGGCACGGACAUACCGAUCGAUGAUGCGUUUGAAAUUUUCCGCUCCAUCAGCUUCGACGACUCUAUAGAUGCUACGGAAGAUCAAGAGAAACUGGAAUUAAAGAGAUUAGAAGUAUCCGGUAGUAAAGAACAACAUCAGCAGCAGCAACAGCAGCAGCAGCAGCAGCACUUACAAACCACUCAGAUAGUCCAACAGAGCGGAAGUCCCCACGCAUCUCAAGAAUACUUCACCGGUCCUGUGCUGUCGGUACCGUCGGUCUCCCUGCCAACCUUACCAUCGCUACAAGUGACUAGUGCCGGCGUUCAAAUAGAAGCAGACAUAUCAACCGGCUUGCAAUUAACUAGCACGCAGUCCUUGCAAAACCCGGCGUUAAAGAACCGUCUGAGAGCUUUCGAAGAAGGUUUCCGUCAAGGUAGUAUACACUUCCGCGAAUGUAUGCAGCAUAUUAGCAGUGAUACUUUCCAGCCGCAGUUGCUACUACAGUCUUCUCAAAUAACGUUUCCCACGCAAACAUUGCCACCAGUGAGCGGAGCAACCGGGAUAAUAGAUAGUAUACCUCAUCAGUCGAGUGCAUACGCACAAUCGACAGCUUGCAGUACGAACCAGGUGCAGGUGGCCACUCAGACCCAAGCACCGGCCACCACGACCACGGCGAACGUCGUCGCGCCGGACAAGAAGCAAGUGUACACGGCGCCGACGACCGGCAAGGGCAAAAAGGCUAGAUAUCAGGUUUUAUCUCAGCAGCAAUCUUGCCAGCAACCACAAACUGCCAAUGCUCAACAGACUCCCAAUUUCCCCGCGCAGAACUAUCAACUGGAUCCGGCAGCAGUUGGAGGCUAUGCCACCAAUCAAGUCCCGCCCACUCCGUUCUCAUGCAUGGACGUUGACUCGGAAACGGACAGCAACCACGAUACAGCGCUGACUUUAGCUUGUGCCGGUGGUCACGAGGAUUUGGUUGAACUUUUGCUAAGCCGGGGCGCAGAUAUAGAGCACAGGGAUAAGAAGGGAUUCACGCCUCUUAUUCUGGCCGCAACGGCUGGUCACCAGAAAGUAGUGGAGAUACUACUGAAUCACGGGGCGGACAUAGAAGCUCAAUCGGAACGUACCAAGGACACGCCGUUGUCGCUCGCGUGCAGCGGCGGCAGAUACGAAGUGGUCGAGCUCUUGCUGAGUCGCGCGGCAAACAAGGAACAUCGAAACGUGUCUGAUUACACCCCGUUGAGCCUCGCUGCAUCCGGCGGUUACGUGAAUAUAAUAAAGCUCCUUCUUAAUCAUGGCGCCGAGAUCAACUCGCGCACCGGUUCCAAGUUGGGCAUCUCUCCGCUGAUGCUUGCUGCCAUGAACGGGCACACCGCGGCGGUGAAGUUACUUCUGGACAUGGGCAGCGACAUUAACGCUCAAAUCGAAACCAAUCGCAAUACAGCAUUAACACUCGCGUGUUUCCAAGGAAGACACGAAGUCGUUAGCCUUUUGCUUGACCGAAAAGCCAAUGUCGAGCAUCGAGCAAAGACGGGCCUCACGCCUCUGAUGGAAGCGGCGAGCGGUGGAUACGUCGAGGUCGGACGAGUACUGCUUACGAAAGGCGCGGAUGUCAAUGCGACACCUGUCCCGUCGUCUCGCGACACCGCUCUCACUAUCGCUGCUGAUAAAGGUCACUGCCGUUUCGUCGAACUGUUACUGUCGAGGGGGACUCAGGUUGAAGUGAAGAACAAAAAGGGAAACAGUCCGCUGUGGUUGGCCGCGAAUGGCGGCCACCUCAAUGUCGUAGAUCUACUCCACACCGCGGGCGCGGACAUCGAUUCGCAGGAUAAUCGCAAGGUUUCCUGUUUGAUGGCUGCGUUUCGAAAAGGCCACAUCAAAGUGGUAAAGUGGAUGGUGAAUCAUGUGACGCAGUUUCCCAGCGAUCAAGAGAUGACUAGGUACGUAGCGACCAUCAGCGACAAGGAGCUCCUUGAGAAGUGUCAGGAAUGCGUGAAAGUGAUAAGGGCAGCUAAAGAGACGCAGGCCGCCAAAGCGAAUAAGAACGCCACGAUACUCCUGGAAGAGCUCGAUUUGGAGAAGACGAGGGAGGACGCGAGGAAAGCAGCGGCUGCGCGAAGACGGGAGAGGAAGAAAAAAAAGAAGCUUGAGAAGAAGGAGGAGAAACGUAAGCUGCAUGAGGAAUACAAGAAGAACGAGACAGCUUACGAGGACAAGGACGAUAAUGGUAAGAAGUCGGGCGACGAGGAAUGCGAUAAAGCGGACGACAGCGAGCACGAAGGGGGUGACGGCUGCGAGCGAAUAGAGAGCGUACCAUCGCCGGUGAACAGAAGCCCCGAGGAUCCUGAUAGGGAGGAGGGUGACAGUGGAAUCGAUGCAAAUAGCCAGGGCAGUUGCAGUAGCAACGACGUGAAGGCUCGAGACAAGAAGAAAGACAAGAAAAAGAAGAAAAAUAAUAAUAAUCCCGGUAAUAACGAGAAAGACACGUCCCCUCAGCGCUCACCGAAAACUCUUCUCGCGCAAAACACUGCAUUAUCUCAAAACUCAACGACCUCAACUAAAUCCCAAAGUACCACUUCGGAUAAGAGAAUUUUGACUAAUGUUACUAGUGGAGUGUCGGUAUCCACAACUUCGGCUACGACCACAAGAACUUCCGGCACGAACAAUUGUGCUGAUCGAAAACCAAAGAAUCAGUUGGUUUUCGAAUCUUCCAGACAUCCAGCCGAUAGAGAGGAUUUCGAAGCAACUGGUAACGAAAUUUAUGUUUCUGGGAAAGGCAAAAAAUCUUAUAGUAAUCAGUAUGAUGGAGAUGCUCUAAACACAUCGACAAAGACAAAUAACACCACCAGCCCUAAACAAGGUGGGAAACGCGAGGAAGGCUGGAAGGAGGUUGUACGAAAAGGACAAUCCGACGAUUCUGGAAGAUUUAUGAAUUCACCAUUCCGUUCCAAGAAAGUAUCUGUACCACCAAACGCCAUCAGUCGCGUAAUCGGCAGAGGUGGCAGUAAUAUCAAUGCCAUUAGAAGUGCAACUGGUGCGCACAUUGAAGUUGAGAAGCAAAGCAAAUGUCAAGGGGAAAGAAUCAUCACGAUCAAGGGAUCAAGCGAAGCGAUGAAACAAGCCUAUACUUUGAUAACAGCGCUCAUUAAGGAUCCGGAAGUUGACAUAUUGCAAAUGCUUCCUAAAUCAAAGGCUACCGUUGUGACGACUUCUUCGUGGGAUAAAGCCGUCUCUACCGUUGCUGCAAGCAAAACGAAAGUCGGUUCUGUAAAUAAACCUCCUAGUUUGGCAUCCAGUACAACCAGCAGUCAAGUUAAUAAGUCGGGAUACCCCUCGGGCGUAUCUACUGUAAAUCAAUUGCUUCCUCUGCGAUCUUCGUCCACUCUUAAGCUUGCCGGCCCAUUCCCGGCUGCAUUACCACGUGCGACAGCUCCUAGACUUGUUGCCGCAGCGGAGAAACGUGCGCAGGCGGUAGCCGCGCAGCUGGCCUCCUCGACGAACACCAAAACUACCAUGUCGUACACGAGCGCCAUCAUGACCGCCGGUAGGGCGACGAAAAUCGUCACUACCAGCACGACGCAGACGUUCGCGGCGAAGCUGUCCGAGAUCACUGCCUCAACUCACACCUCCACCACCGUCAUGCAAUCUACCCACGCCACGGUGAACAAGCAGAAGCCCGGCGUGCAACAGGCCAACACGAUGACCGUAAUGUCGUCGGCCACGUCGGUCGCGGCGGCAGCUGCUCAGACAUCCAGCCAGCAGUCCGUAGUCAGUACAUCGCCGAAACACUGCCGACCACUGUCCACUGCCUUGCCCGCCGCCCCGCCGAUUCUGACGUCUCAUUAUCUAGGAGGGAAGUCGACCUAUCCGCUUCCUCCCGGCACGAGCGCGAUCUCGUCCGCCAUGAGCACCGUGGUGACGAACUGUUCCGAGAGUUCCACGUCCGUUUCGACGUCCGCCAGCUCCGUACGGGUGACACCCUCGCCACCAGUAAUAGCGUCUCAGGCGCAAACAUUACCACCGCAGCAACAGCAGCAGCAGCAAUCGCAACAAUCUCAAUCACAGGCCCGCAGCGCCACGCCUAUCGCGAACACUAUCCAAGAACAUCAGCAGCAGCAGCACCAACAGCAGCAGCAACAGCAGCAGCAGCAGCAACAACAACAGCAACAACAACAAUCAAAUAGCACUCCGCUCGAAUAUUCCUUGUUUAACGAUACGUUUACCAAGGUGACGCAGCAGUCUAUGUGGGGUGGUAGAGACAAUGAAUCUCAGAAAGGCAUGAACUUCGCUACUGUUGCUGGUGGUGGAGUAUCAAUGAAUACGUCGGGUUCUUCCGCGGCCAAGUUCGACAGCUCUCCACCGCAGGUGGACGCGUCGAAAGCACCGGGGUAUCGCGGCACGACGAUGUGCUCGCCGGUUUCCAGCAAAUCGAGCGGCACGAGCGGCAACACGUCGAGCAACGUGAUCGGCGUAUCGUCCAGCUCGGUCCACAACCCCAUCCAGCCGCCGCAGUUCCAAUCCUCCACGAGCUACACCGAGCACCCCCUUCCACCAAGCAAGCCACCCGGCAGCCUGGCGGUGGCCAGACCGGUGAUACCGCAGCCGAGCAUGGAGAUGGGCACAGGCAUGACGCAAUUCAAUCGACCGGUCUUUCAGGGCGAGCUGACGUCGCGCAACGCCACUACGCAUCAGCCCCCGCACGUCAUACCGUCGACGUCCCAACCCGCGCUGGACGUCGGCCUGUUCAAAGCGGCGAACAGCGGCGGCGCGUACGAACAUCCGAACGUAAAUUCCAGCCUGCUGAAGAUGGUGCCGAACGACAGCCAAAGCGGCGGACACCCUUUAUUGCCGUUCCACCCUCAUAUGCAGAGCUACGCGCAAACCGCCAUCGCCCCAUCCGCCUCUGUCAACACUACCGUCAGUAUGUCGAGAUUGAAUCCGCGCGCGCCCGACUUCUCCAGCUCGUUGCAUCUGAACAGCAAGCAAGCGCCCCAGGUUACCAUGUUUAACACCGGCUCGGCGACCCUCCAUCCAGGCAUAUUUCCGACCGUGCCGGCGCCGCCGCCGACGGCAAUACAGUCCAGCAAUCUCGCGAUGCUCGGCAAUUUCCCACUAGGCAAGUACCAGGCACCGUCGCGGGCGACCCCGGCCAAUACCGGCAUCUCGACGAAUCCCCAGACCCGCUGGCCAUUCGCCCCAGGCCCGCACAGCAGUUACCCGCCGCCGCCGCAUCAGGAUCCCAUGAUGGGUCAGAUCGGCUUCUCCAAUCAUCUGGCCAAUAUGAACGCCCAGCCUGGCAGCAUCGAUCUAAUCACGAGUCUGGAGAACGGCGGCUCGCCGGCCAUUUCCCCGUCGUCCCCGGCGCAAGUCGCCCAGGAAAUGAGCCAGCUGAAGAUCGAGGACCGGAAAGUGCCGCGGCCGAUCGGCACCGAGAGGGCGUGGAAGAAUUACACCGCCACGGGCAUGGGUCCCGGCGGUGAUGCCGAUUCCAUCAAUUGGAUAUUGAAUAACGAGAAGAUGGUCGGUUCGUGGACGGGUCUGACGCCUGGCAUCGACAGGCACCAGAUGUUCCGAACCAACGCCACUUACAAUCGCAUAUCCAACGUCGAGCCGGAACUGCAUCAAAUGAUGGAGACCUCCUUCCAGGGCCAUGUGGAUACUCAGCAACCUUUCCCUAACGGUAAUGCCGCAGCUUUAUCGCUCAUGCCAGGGUUGGCGUUACUUCCGGGACAGUUUGGGGCGCCUGGUUUGACGGAAAUACCCCCAAACGAGCCGAAUAAGAUAGAUCCACCUGCGUGGGGAUUACCAGACACCGUGCAAGAUAAACAACACCCGGCGGCAUGGAAUAAGUGGACUCACUAGAGAACGAAAAAAGCCAUCUUGCCGACGUAGCUUCAACGAGUCUUAACGUUAGUGCGUGCGAGAAGCAUUAAACACAAACAUAUAAACAUACUGCGAUUCAAAGUAGCACGAUAGACGCAAUUGGAAUUUACCACACGGAGCGUCGUUUAUAAGCAUACAAAAAAAAACAAAUUACCCCUUUAUGAACCUAUUAUUAUAUUCGUUCGAGCCUAGAUUCUCAAUAUUGCUUGUCACGCUAGACGAUAUAAGGCAAAGAGAUCUUUUAAUUGCCCACCUUAUUGUUAUUAGUAGUGUAUCGAAAUGAUAAUGAUGAUAAUGAUGAUUAUAUCGAUGAAGAUUAUGAUGAUUAUCAAAUAUGAAAUAGAGAAAAAAAAGUACAGAAUCACGUCGGCUAACAGAAAGGAAACAGCGAUCUGAUACACGAGCAUCUUAUUUCGGGUUUCCGCUCCUUCUCUUGGCCGCGCAUUCUCAUGCUGCGCAUCGUACUAAUUAAUAAUAAUAGUAAUACAACGCUAAUAACGAUAA